AGCCCACUUCUACUCAAUGCCUGGCUGUUCAACCCUGUCACCCAUUAUCUCUUUCUCCACAAGAUCAACCCACAUUGUGCACACUCUCUCAAUCGAUCGGUCAAAGGUUGGACCGUAGAUAGGAAUCUAGCUAUCCAAGCACUAGGAGACAGUACAGGCAGACAAUCACAUGUCAUGAGCAAAUGAUAUAACAAGUUUCUAUUCUAUAUAAAGGAAAGGCAGAACCACCCACGGGUAUCAAUAUGCAGAUCCUCCAAUGGCUUCUAAAGAUGUCCCACGAGAGCGUCAGGAACACCAUCCCUAGUAGCAGGACGAUGCUAACAGACAAAGAAACAGAAGUAGAGGAUUUAGUGUUAUCAGACCAGGGUGAGCCAUCACCAGACAAGUCGGGGUGUGAAAAGAGAGGUGAGGAAUGCAAGGAUUACCCUGCAAUUUUCCUCUCAAGAAGAGAUUGUCCCACUUGCUUCUAUAGCAGCUUAAGCUUCAAGCAUCUCAAAAGUUGCUACACCAUGCCUCAUUGCCUGCAUCCUUUAAAAGAAGAAAUCAUAACCAUCAAUGCUAAUCACAAAGCAGAACCUAUUUAUGUGGGCAGUAAAGUCUUGCCAAUAUGUGAUGGUACUGUUUCAGAAUCAACAGAAACACGCUAUCAUGGUGAUUCAAAGAACAGCGACCAACAUAAGGGAGACAAGAGAAGAACAAUAUCUAGAAUGAAGGGUCUCCUUCGCUGGGCUGCAGCAGUCAAGACAGAAAAAGGAGGAAACAAAAGUUGGAAGGUUCUAUAUUUCCGAAACCGAGGAGUCUUCAAAGGUGCAUGUGAUGAUAUGAGCUCAACCUCCAGCAAACUGAGCUUCAAAUGGGAUGUUGGUAGCUGCUCUGGUUCUUCUGCUUAUUCACCAUUAUCAUUGGCAUCUUCAUCAAGGAGUGACUGGGUAAAUCAUUCCUCCAAUGCCACAGUUACUGCAAAACUUUCAAUUUCAGAGUGUAGCAGCAAGGAGACAUGCAUUAGCCCUAACCCAGGCACAGAGAGCUGGAUCACUACAGAUUCUGACUGUAAGUUUCUCACCUGGCUCUUACGAUGAAUUUUUCCAGAUAAAAAUCAGAAAGGAUUGGCCAUAACUUCUUUCUAUUUGUUUAUCUUGACCAUGCAGUUGUGGUGCUAGAACUCUAAGUAGUUCAAAUGAAGAUGCUAUGCUAAGUUAUUGACACUCGGGCAUCUAAAGGCUCCACUGUUAGCAUUUCUAAGUAUUUGAAGUGACACAACCUCUGUUUAUCCCAAGCAUUAACUGUAGGGAUGGCUAUAAGGUCAGAUGCCAUGACAGCACACACUAUGUGAAGCGCUCAAAGAUGGUUGAAGGAAACAUUAACUACAGAAGAAUCUCAUUAGAUCAGUUGACCCCGGGAUUCUAAGUUAGUGAACCUGAGACAACUAUCAAAGUUGGAUCUGCCUCAACAUAACGUGAGGAACCUGUAAUGUACUUAAUACAGUAGC